GCUGUUCAGUCAAUGACGACGGGGUUGACGUGACAACGGUGGUAAAACAUUACAAAUGGUACCGUUAUGCGACAGUAAGAUCGGUUACUAGUCUUAAUUUCACCAAAACCAAGUAAGAGAAGUCGCUAGUCUUCAGUUCUUUACAUAUCUAACCUUACGAAAAGCUAGUUUGAACCUCUUGGCAGUGGAUCGUCGGCCUGUCAUGUGAUGUUUAACAUGGGGCGCCUGUUGCUCGACUCCUGAGAAGUUCCCAAAAGCUUCGUUUUCUCACAGAAGUUCGGUUAUUUUAGCGUUACAUAGAAACGACAUUUUAUGUUGUAACAGAUGGAGGUGAACCGUUUGGACUUCUACAUCGGUCUCUCACUGGCAGUGAGCUCCAGUGUGUUUAUCGGUGCCAGUUUCAUCCUGAAGAAGAAAGGCCUGCUGCGAUUGGCCAGCAAGGGUUCAAUGCGAGCAGGUCAAGGGGGGUAUGCUUACCUGAAGGAAUGGCUGUGGUGGGCAGGACUAAUUUCAAUGGGAACUGGAGAGGCGGCUAACUUCGCUGCAUAUGCAUUUGCCCCUGCCACACUGGUGACACCUCUUGGAGCACUGAGUGUACUUGUGAGUGCUGUGCUCUCCUCUUACUUUCUGAAUGAGAGGCUGAAUGUGCAUGGGAAGAUUGGUUGUUUGCUGUGCGUCUUAGGCUCCACAGUGAUGGUGAUCCAUGCCCCGCAGGAAGAGGAGGUUUCUUCCCUCACAUCCAUGGCAGAGAAGCUCAGAGACCCAGGUUUCAUUGUGUUUGCUGUGUGCGUUGUGGGAAGCAGCCUGGUUCUUAUCUUUGCUGUGGCUCCGCGGUUCGGACAGAGGAAUGUGCUGGUCUACAUCCUGAUCUGCUCUGUGAUUGGCUCCCUCUCUGUGUCUUGUGUCAAGGGCCUGGGCAUUGGCAUUAAGGAGCUGUUUGCUGGGACAGCAGUGCUGAAGGAACCCCUGUUCUGGUCUUUAAUCAUCUGCCUGGUAAUCUGUGUCAGCAUUCAAAUCAGUUACCUGAACAAAGCCCUCGACAUCUUUAACACCUCCAUAGUCACGCCCAUCUACUACGUCUUCUUCACCACGUCUGUCAUGGCCUGUUCAGCUAUCCUAUUUAAGGAAUGGUUGAGUAUGACCACUGACGAAGUAGUGGGAACGAUUAGCGGAUUCCUCACCAUCAUUUUAGGGAUCUUCCUCCUCCAUGCCUAUAAGGACAUUACAUUUAGCUGGGAUUCCCUCCCACUGUACCUAAGGAAGGGUCCUCAGGGCUUUCCAUGGGGUCACCAGCCUUAUGUUGCUGUUCCCAGCCAUGACAGCCAAGCAGAGGAUGAGAUGAAGCUGCCAAAAGAAGGAGGCUCAAAAGCGGGGUGGGGUACACACCAGAGAGCUCCUUAACAGUCUUGUCACUAAGAAA